AUGAAACAAUGUAAAAUCUACGCGUGGGAUGUCGUCAAUGAGGUGCUCAAUGAGGACGGGUCGGGCAAUAAGCUAAGGGAAAGCCUAUUCUCGCGAACUCUGGGCUCUGGUUUUGUUGAGGAGGCCUUCCAUACGGCACACGCGGCCGACCCUAACGCCAAGCUAUACAUCAAUGACUACGGCAUCGAAGCCAAGAAUAAAAAGUCGGACGCAUUAUACGAGUUGGUGAAGGGCUGGAAAGCUAAGGGAGUGCCGAUACAUGGGAUCGGUAUGCAGACACACUUCAAGGAGGGUGAGGUUCCCGCAACCCUUCAGGAAAACAUUAAACGGUUUUCCGAUUUGGGAGUGGAUGUGGCUAUUACUGAGUUCAGCCUUGCUUUCAGCGCCUGUGAGAAUGUGGACAGGUGUGUCGGGGUUACCGUUUGGGGGUUUACCGAUAAAUACUCGUUUAUCUUCGACAAGGGUUAUGGGGAACAGCAGUUGUGGACAAAGGAUUUUAAGCCCAAACCCGCUGUUGAGGCCGUCGAUAAAGUUUUGAAAUAA